UGAUCUAUUCCUUUUGGUCAAUGCUGCAAUUUCGUUGAAACAUCUGAUCAAGCUCUUAGUGCGAUGUAGUAGAAAAGCAAUAUACACAUAUUCAUUGCAAUGUUGUACGAGGAAAGCGGUUGCUAAAUCAAGUCUUUGUAGCAAGUUAUGGAGCGGAAAUUGACCGAGGCUGCACAAUCAGGAGACAUAAACAUCUUGUAUGAAUUACUUCGGCUGGAUCCAGCUCUCUUGGAUAAAUUUGAUAAGCCAUCAUUCAUGGAUACACCUUUACACACAGCAGCAGCUGCCGGUUCUACAGCCUCUACCCACUUCGCCCUUGAAGUCCUAAGCUUAAAGCCCUCUUUCGGCGUGAAGCUCAACCCCGAUGGCUAUACUCCACUGGACUUGGCGCUACAGAACCGAAGAUUCCAAACAGUUAAACGGCUCAUACAGCAAGAUCCUGAGCUCAUUCGUGGCAAAGGAAGAGAGAGGUAUACGCCUUUGCACCACGUAGCUGAAGUGGGUAAUGCUGAUCUUUUGGCUGAUUUCCUAGUGACAUGCCCAAAAUCCAUUCAAGAUUUGACAAUUCGAGGAGAAACGGCUGUUCAUAUUGCUGUGAGAAAUAUGAAUGUCAGAGCUUUACAGGUGCUGUUAGGUUGGCUUCAGAGGACAAACAAUGAAAAGAUUUUGAACAAGAAAGACGAUAAUGGAGAUACAGUCUUGCAUGUUGCGGCCUCUAAAAACCAACUGGAGGUUGUAAGGUUGCUGAUCAACAAAGUCAAAAUAAAUGAAAAGAAUUUACAUGGUUUAACAUGCCUCGAUACUUUUACGGGACUUGCAACCGCAGGAGAUCAGAAAAUUGCCAAAGCUUUACGUGGUGCAGGUGCUAAAACAUCUUCAGCUCUGCCCCCAGUUGACACUUUAGCUGAUAUUUUGAGUUCAAAGGAAUCAUUAACCAGAAAAGCUUUCAGGCAAAUGGAAUGUGAUGUUGGCUUGGAUGGUUUGUCCAGUGAGAUGCGAAAUGCGCUCCUAGUGGUAGCUGUUCUAAUUGCAACAGCUACCUAUCAAGCCGUACUAAGCCCUCCUGGAGGAAUUUCAUCAGGAGGUGAUACCACUUUAUUUUUCAGCAAUUCUAGCGACAUUUCUCCUAUUUCAGAUUUUGCCAGAAAAACUAAAAUUACAGAGAGCACAGGAAAAGUGCAAAUGGGAGAGGCUUACUUCUAUGUUUUCAUUACCUUGAACACGGUAGCUUUCGCAGCCUCCCUUGGCAUUAUCUUCAGUCUGCUCCCCACAAGCCGUUACAAUUUGUUGCUGUUUAUCCCUCUGUUAACUCUAUUGAUGAGCUAUACAUUUUCGAUAACCAUCAUAGCACCGCACUCACGUUCUUUACAAAUGCAUGCUUUCUACCCAGUCAUGAUCGGAUUCGGUUUGACUAUGUUGAUAAUGAGGUGCAAAUUUCCUGAAUUCCUUGGGCAAGCUCCAAAUCGGUAUAGGCGUGACCAGAUGGAACGAGAUGUAAUCCCUGGUGCUGGUGGCCAUGUCAAUCAAGUUUGAGAUUCUCUACAACCAUGAAAAUUCUGCAUCCUGAACUUCUACUGGCGAGAUUCCUAACCUUGUCGCUAAGUAUACCAACUACGUUCAAGAUCUUAAUAUUUUCAGCCUCUUCUAUUCACAUUAAUGCAGAAGCGUUUCUGCUUAAAGUGGCACAGGUUACCAAUUGAGCAGCUGGCCUGGCAUGCCAAGAGGGUCACUCUCUACUCUGAUCAAAACAAGUUCUGAGCAACGUGAUUGAUCCUAAAAGGUUGGGGUGGCGAUACCCUGACUUCCUUCGUGGCUGGUUUUGGGAUGAAUUAAGGAUAUUAAGUCAAUGUAGUUAAGUUCCCUGAUCAAAUUAAUGUGAUCCAUGUAAAGGCAUCAUUUGUUGACCCGUUAGGAAAGCAUGUUUUAAGGGAAUGGGCAGGUGUAGUUGGAUCUGUCAGGUUAUUUCCAGUUUGUUGUAGUACAUGAUUUUGCAUGACUCGAAUUUAGAGUUUUAAUAAUAAUUAAUGUGUGUA